GUAAUUCAAUUCAACUCGGUUUUGUGAAUACAGCGGUUUGUGAUUGUGGUUCUGCUUUAUUACAGAUGAAAGAAGCAUGGCUAUUCCUAUUCCUAUACCCGAGUUCUUGCAAGAAUAUACUGUCAACUUGGUUGCUGAGUAUGUAACAAAUCACCUAGACUAUGUGUGGAAUUAUGAGAAGAAAUUUGACGACCUAAGCAGAGUUGUUAAGGAACUCCAGGAAGAAAGAGACAGGGUGCAUGAUAAGGCUGAGGAGGAGGAAGAUCGAUAUGGGAGAGAAAUAUACAAUGAUGUUAAAGUGUGGUUAGAUCGGAUAGAUGAAGUGAUUUCUGAGUAUGAAAAGUUCAAAGAGGAGCACAGAAAAAAUGGGGAGUAUCCCCUUUCUUUGUCAAAUCUGGAGACAAGGCAUAGGCGCAGCAAAACAGCCCAAGAUAUUGAAGAGAAGAUUAGAGAACUACAACAGGAAAAGCAUGAUAGCAUAUCUCAUUGUCAGGGCGCAUCUUCCAUGGGGUUUGCAUUCGCUAAUGUUGACUAUGAGGCCUUUGAUUCAAGAAAAGAAAUCACGAGGAAUAUUACAAGAGCACUUGAAGACUCGCGCGCUAGAGCGAUCGGGAUUCACGGGCCAGCUGGUGUUGGGAAGACCACUUUGGUAAUAGAAGUUGCUAACAAAGCUUGGAAAGACAAGCUAUUCAAUGUGGUGAUCAUGGUGAAUGUGACAAAAAGUCCUGAUAUUCGAAAGAUUCAAGGGCAGAUUGCUGAAAUGCUGGGAAUGAAGUUGGAAGAGGAAAGUGAGCACGUGAGAGCACUUCGCAUACAGAAGAGAUUGAAGAAAGAGAAGGAGAAUGCGCUUAUAAUCCUUGAUGAUAUGAGUGUGAAAGUAGAUUUGGAUAUGUUGGGCUUGGGGAUUGCAUCAGAGACUUACAGUGAUGACAUUGACUGCCAGAAGAAUCUCAUUGUUCCGGAAGGAAGGAAAUCUUCUGCUGCUGACAAUUUUCCUCCCAGCAAGAAUAAGACCAAACAAAGUCCCAAAGAUGGUUCUGCAGAGGAAAUAGAGAAAACCUCUGUGGGUUUUGCUUAUUUCUGA